AUGGCUGCUCUCCAAGGGUCAGCACCACCAGCACUGGGCACGUCGUCCACGUCGACCACUGCCGCCGACCUCCCCCCUGACACCGACGUCCAGGUCGACGGCCCAUCAUCUUCCCACCAGCCUUCUGCAUCCACACCUGCCGAUGGCCCAACUAAAUCCUCUGCCACAAGCCCCGAGCCCGAGGAUGGGGAUGCGGCGCUCCCCAUACGCGACAAGGACAGCUUCACAAGAGUCAUGGUGGACCGCUUCCAGACACGCGACUGGGUUCAUUCUUCUCUUCUCGGCGAAGAUCAAAUACGGCUCGAAAAGACUACCAAGGAUGUGCUUGCGCGCACCAGUGACUUCAAGACCUACAAGGAGUUCUAUCACCAGUAUCCGGCUAGGUUAUAUGGUGAAGGCUACCGCGGUUAUGGCAACGGCUACACGGAGAAUGGCGGGACUACCAAGCUCAUAUAUCCCUCCCAGAGGCGUCGCCCCGGUCGCAGGGCCACGCCACCUGUCAAGUUCACAAAGUCCCAGAUCAAGAAGCAGGCAGAGCAGCCUGAAGAACUGGUUCCCGUCCGGAUAGAUGUGGACUACGACAGAAUCAAGCUCCGGGAUACCUUUACCUUCAACCUCUAUGAGCGCCUCGUGUCAGUCGAACACUUUGCCGCCGAACUGGUCGAAGACAUGGGCCUCGAACCGCCUCUGGCCAAACCUGUCUAUGACCAAGUGGUUGCCCAGAUGACGGAACAGCUCCAGGAUUUUUUCCCCUUCGUCCACUCGGAAGAGGAAGCCCUCGACCCCGAGCUCCCCUAUUCGGCAUACAAGAAUGACGAGAUGCGCAUCCUGAUCAAACUCAACAUCACCAUUGGGGCACACACGCUUGUGGACCAAUUUGAAUGGGAGCUCAACAACCCCCUGAACUCGCCCGAGGAAUUUGCUGCUUGCAUGGCCCGGGACCUCUCUCUGUCGGGCGAGUUCACAACCGCCAUUGCUCACUGCAUCAGGGAACAGGUCCAGCUCUUCACGCGCAGUCUGUACAGUGUGGGCCAUCCAUUCGACGGCCGGCCAAUCGAGGAUCCAGACCUCCUUGCUGCCUUCUUGCCUACACCCCUUCCAUCUGUGUUCCGACCUCAACAACAAGCCAAGGACUACGCACCGUACUUGUACGAGAAUACCGAGGCCGAACUGGAACGAACCGAAAACAUGUUCUCACGUGAGCAGAGGCGACAGAAGCGUUCUACCAACAGACGUGGUGGGCCUCAGUUGCCGGAUCUUAAGGAAAGGCAAAGGACCAUCCGAACUUCGAUCGUAUCCUCGGUGCUGCCCGGUGCAGCUCUAAACAUUGAGGAAAGCCGGCUGUUCAAGCGCGCCACUGGUGUUGGGGCUGGCAGGGGAGGCAAGAGAACACUCAGAGAUGGUGUCGACCUUUCAGACUCGGAAGACAGUGACGAGUCUGAUCCUGAUUCACCGGCCGUGUCUCAGCUUCAAGGGACCGCCAGAACCAGGGGUAUGCGCGGCGCCGCCACGGCAGCUGCCCAGCGCAUGGCCAAUAUUGGCCGAUCCGAGACCCCUGAGGCUGUCAUCCACCACCACGAGACCCGAACGUCUCGGCGGUAUGGCCGGGAGGCCACCAGGGAGCAGACAGAAGAUGUGCCACAACAAUACAUGAUCACUCUGCGUGUCAACCCGGCUCGACUUAGGAAGUUUAUGCGGGAGUACAAGCCGAGGCCGCUGGCAGCGCUAGGCUCAGCUACACCAACGCCUGCUCACCUACGAGCUCCGGGCGUGGCGGGUUCGAUGGGCCCACCGUCAACGCCAUCAGCAGCAGGCGGCGCCGUGGUCCCUAAUGUUCAGAACCAGCAAGAUGGCAUUCCGGCUCCACCACCGAACCCGGAUGGCACACAACCCAAGAUUGCAGCCCUUCGCCGCGAUUACCCCAACGACAUCUUUGACUCUACAAUGCGGUACUUUGCCAUCAACUCCGAAACAGGGAACUCGAUGCCUUUGCCUCUCACCCCGGAACAGAUGGCCUUGCCCACGACAAAAUACGUAUUCUUGCCUAGGAUCAAGUGUGCAGACUGUCCGGGCAAGAGUUAUACCGUUGGUCCGGAGCACACGGUCAAGGGCUUUGAGGUGCAUCUGAGGAAGAACAACACGCAUCAGGAGAGGGUCAGGGCGAGGCUGGCCGGAGGCGGCGGGCUGCCAGUGGUGGGAGAUGGGAGGAGUCCGAGUGUUGGGGCCGGUAGUGGGGCGCCAGCUGGAGGGACGGGGAUCGUCAUACCCGCCUUGAAUCCGAAUCAUACGCGGACUUCCUAG